AUGCAGAGGAAGGAGACCCCCCUCUCCUUGGGAGCCCCAGAGGAGUGCUGGUCAUCUCAGGUUUUGGAGGAGUGUUGCACCCACUCCGGAUCCCGCUCCGGAGAACCUCCUCAAGUUCUCAAGUAUCUGCCGAGCUGGCCAGCCUUCGGUCCGCUCUGCAUGUCUCAGCUGAUUCCCACGAAGACAUCCGAUCGUCCCCACAAGCCCGGCGCCCUCUUUGAAGCAGUGGACAGAUUCGGCCUCAACCAGGAAUCGAAGACAAGCGUUGCCUGCGCCUGGAACAAGUCUUACCGGCAAAAGGUCACAGCGCAGCGAAUUGUGGACAUUGUUUUCACCACCCCCAAGUAUGGCAAGACCGCAAAGUGGAAGGUCAACAAACAGAGACGCGUAGAAGUGGCUGGUCUGGACAAGUCUGAACAACAGAGGCCUCUUGAAGCGCUCCGAAGAAUCUGUCCCACUGCUGGAUGUCUUACGAAAGCGGAGUCGGACACGGACACGGACAGCGCCUCAGAAGAUGAAGACCUGCCACCGUUGCUGAGUCGCUUCCGUGACACCGAGAGAAAGAACAGUUCGGCAGAUGAUCUUCGAACCCGAUGUGCUGACUUUCUGAAAGACUUCAUAGUAAGUCAGCACCAGUGCGACAACCUGGAGAAAAUGACGAGGACACAGAGCCAGAGUUUACUGUGGCAGCGUCAUCGUAAGGGAAGAAUAACGGCCACGAUAGCGCAUGACAUCAGUACGUUGCAGGACACAACAUCACGAGAAACAUUGUUUAAUCGGGUUAUGAACCGCUCCCAUAUUGACUUGUCGAGCGUUGCAGCAGUGGCGUUUGGCCGGAAAUAUGAAGACCAAGCCAAGCAGCUGCACAGCGAGUGGAUGAAAGACAGACAUGAACAGUUUGGUUUGCGUGAAACGGGCCUGGUUGUUGACCAACGGUUUCCCUUGUUUGCUGCCACUCCCGAUGGCAUUCGAUCAUGUGUAUGUCAUGGCAAGGGAGUCGUUGAAGUAAAAUGUUCUUUCAAUCAUAAGGAUCUGUGUGUGAAAGACAUUCCUGAGGUUGACAAAACAUUUUAUUUAGAAAAAGACUCGCUUGUGUUAAAACAGAGCCACCGCUACUACACCCAAGUUCAAUUUCAGAUGUAUGUUUGUAACAAGCUGUUCUGUGACUUUGUUGUGUUUACACACAGAGGUGUCACUUCAACAGUUUAG